UAAGGAACAUUAAGGAAUGCAGUAUUCCUCUUCGUUCCCUUGGUUACCAUUCAAACCCUGAAAGAGUAUUCUGAUUCUUCAAGACGGUUUCUUGAUUCAAUAAUAGAGAUUCUCUCGGCUCUCGUCUUUUUUUUUCCGAGUUACGACAUCGUUAAAGACAAGCCAGUUAUUACCUAUUAGAAUGGAGGAACAGUUCAUACUUAGGCUUCCACCCUCUGUUUCUGAGCGUAUCGAUCGUCUUUUGAGCGACGAGGCUUCUACUUCCGACGAAAUCCCUUUAGAUUUGUGCUUUUCAGAGGAUGGGAGAAGCGGGACUUUUGUAAUUGGAAACGAAGAGUUCCGGGCUUCUCUCCUGGAUCUUCCUGCUGUUGUUGAGUCCUUUAAAACUUAUGAUGAUUCUGCACCAGUCAAAACUGCUGAUAUUGGUCAGAUGAUAAUGGUUAGAGAGCCGGGUGAUCCCACGCCUAAUACAUUUGAAUACAGACAUGGUUUAACUCCUCCAAUGAAGGAUGCUCGCAAGAGAAGGUUCCGUCGAGAGCCUGACCUUAAUCCGGAGCUUGUACAGCGCGUUGAGAGAGACUUGCUGAACAUCUUGAGUGGCAGAACAAUUGGAAACGCAAAUGAGCAACAAGAGGAAACAGCUGCGAACGAGAAUACUAGUGAUAAUAAUGCAAACAAGAAAGUGUCUUCACCUGCUGGAAAGCCUGAAGCUGCUCCUGAGACAGGAACUAAUACUAAUAAUAAUAAUAAUAAUAAUAAUGCAACCGAAGCUGACUCGGAGAGAAGUGAAUCAGAAGAUUCUGAUGAUUCUAUGUGAGAGCUUAUUUAUGUAACCAGCAGCUAAAGCUAAUAUGAUACUAUAGGAUAUGGUCGAAAAGCCAGGAAAGUUGCAUAAGGGUUACGUUUUAAAGGAGUUGACCCAAAAAAAAAGGGGUAAGAGCAUCUUUAUCGCAGUCUUUUAGUUGGGUUUUUAGUGUAAUUAUGAUUUAAAAGAAAAUAAAAAAUAGCUAUUAAUUGAACAAACGUUUCUUAAUUAAGCGUUAAAAGAGACGUCUCUUAAGAGACACGUGUCCCCAUGAGAGAGUUUUGUGUUUAGCUCUCUCUCUCGACGGAUCUCUUCUCCUCUCUCUCUCCAAUCCACCGUCCUCGACGUCGUCCAAUCCCUCGAUCUAUCUCCCCGACUCAUCUCCUCCAAAACCCAAAAACCAGCACUUCUUAUUUUGUUCUGAUCUCUUCAACCUAUUCACUCCUCCGCUUCUGAAACCUCCAUCACCGUCCUCAUCAGCCACCACCACAUGUCCCUCACCAGCAGCGUGUCAUACCCGAAACCCUAGAUUUCCCUUCUCAGCGAGAUGGUUGUCGAGCGAGAGCGGGAAAUGCUUCGCGGCGAUGUGGGGAAGUGGAGAUUACGGAAGGUUAGGGCUCGGGAGCUUGGAAUCUCAGUGGACACCUUCCGUAUGCUCUGCAUUGAGUGAUCAUUGCUGUCCAUGACUUUAAAGAUGUGUGCUUUCACUCCUACUUCUCAUUGAUCUACUGGUUAGUUCAAUAUCAUUGAUCAAUUUGAAGUUUUUUGAUUGUUCAUUGUGGUAAAGUUUGUUGUAAUGAAAGUGUUUUAUAAUUUUUUUAAAGAACCCAUAAUGAAGAGACUUGCAAUAAACCACUUAAAUGUUCAAAAUA